AUGGCUCUAUUAGAUCCGGUAACGAUGCCAUCACCAAUUGGCAAAGCAAGGACUAGUGAGGUCUCCAAAUCUAAAGAUGCAGAGACUCCUACGCAGGCUGUUCGGACCAUAGCCUCGCCCCUGGCCCAAGUUGUCAGGCAUGUCUAUCCGGUCUUGCUUCUCUCGUUAUUUCUGCUACGGUUCGAUGCUCUAGUAGCAGACCCAGUUGCUGCCAUGUCAAGCUCUCUUCCCGUAGUCGUGGCCAUGCAGGUUGUCUACGUUGUCACGUGCUUGCCGCCGGCCGGCUCCCAGACUACGAAGCCGGCCAGGAAACUUCGGCCCGGAGAGAAGAAGAAGCCCGGAUCGGAGAGCAUAGGACCAAAUAUUGCAGUUACAACUCUUGUUGCCCUCAUAUUAUCGAGCAUUGCAACUCUGCCAUUGUAUGGCAUUAUUAUUCUGUUCGGGGCUCCAUUCCUGACCCAUGUGCCUCAAACAUUCCUCUGUUCGACGCACAUGGCCGUUCUGGGACUUUUCCCAUUGUUCUACACACGCGGUGUGUCGAGUAAAGACUGGCUUGAAGUCCUGAGUGCGCAGGCCCCUUUUGACGAAGCAUUCGGAGGUCUUACGGGUGCUUGUCUAGGAGCUUGGCUUGGUGCCGUACCUAUUCCCCUCGACUGGGAUCGUGAGUGGCAGAAGUGGCCUGUCACCAUAUUAUGUGGAGUUUAUUCGGGCUACCUGGCCGGCAAGAUCCUCGGGGGUACCUUAGCCUUUGGCAAGAGGUUUUAG